AUGCCGGAGACAUCCCAAUUGGACCGGCUCGAACCCUUCGAUCCAAUACUGUGGCCGUCCAGGAAGAAAUGGAUGCAUGUGUUUGUAGUGGCCUUCAUAACCUGCGUCACGCCAUUGGCAUCUGCUGUCUACACGCCCGCCCUGGAUCAAGUGAUUGGGGAUUUCAAGAUCGAAGACAACCCCACACUGGCGGAUCUGACUGUCUCGGCCUACGUUCUCGGGUUUUCUGCUGGACCACUGCUGCUUGCUCCGUUGAGCGACACUUUCGGCAAGAACCCGGUGUAUCAGACUUGCAAUGUGCUUCUGACGCUAUGCAACUUGGCCUGUAUGGUCGCUCCGUCAGCCGAGUGGCUGGUCUUCUUCCGUUUCCUAGCUGGAUGCGCUGGGGCGAGCCCGAGAACUCAAGGUGUUGGGACGGCAACAGAUAUUAUGGCUAAGGAGAAGCGUGCCCGGGCCAUGUCGGUUAUGGCGUUUGGCAGCGUCUGCAGCCCUGCAGUAGGGUCGGCUUUAGGAAGUAUUGUUGCACAGGCCUGGGGAUGGAGAGGUUGCUUCGGAUUCCUGGUUUUCAUGGGGUUGAUCAGUGUCCUUUUGACCUACCAGUUCAUGUGCGAGACAUAUCUGCCUGUCCUUCGGCGAAAGCAUGCCGCAAGGGGUGAGAUGGGUGGAAUGGUUGACGCUGACGGUCAGAUCAGCGCCGAAAAGAUCAUCGCUUCGAAGCAGCCCUUGAGAAGCAUGCUCUACAAGGCUGCGAUUCGCCCUUUGAACUAA